UAUUUUUGAAGAAACUCAUAAAGAAAAUACUCAAUUGCAAACUGAUCUUUCAAAUUUGCAAUUUCAAUAUUUAGAUGAAGAAAAUAAUUUAUCUUUAUUAGAUAAUUCUGAAAUUCAAGAAAUUUCAGAAAAUAAUCUUUUAGAAAAUGAAACUUUGACUGAAGAAGAAAUUUCUAAAUUUAAAAUAUUAUAUUAUAAAACAAAAGAUAUUUUAAAAGAACAAAAAGAUGAUAAUUAA